AUGGCCGGCUCCGCCCAAGACGAGAAGGCACCUGAGCCCCCGUCGACCGUGGGGGGUCGCGUCUGGGCCAGGGCCGUCAAGAUUUUCAAGCUCAUCCUCGCGCAGUGGCUGGUGAUUGGGUUCGGGCUUAGCUGUGUGUUUGCAUACUUCUUCCCCAACGUCGCGGCCCGCGGUGGACCCAUCAGAUCGGAAUACUCCAUCAUCUACGGCGGCAUCGCCAUCAUCUUCCUCGUCAGCGGCCUCCAGCUCUCCCACGCGAAGCUCAGACAGAAUGUUACCAACUGGCGGCUGCACAUCAUCGUUCAAGGCAUCAGUUUCAUCAUCAUUCCCGUAAUCCUGCUAAUCAUAAUCCACAUCAUAAUCGCCGCAGGCGGCCUCCGCAAUGGCGUCCUCUCCACGCCCAUCAUCGUCGGCAUGGUUGUCGCCUCAUGUCUCCCGACGACCAUCGCGUCCAACGUGGUCAUGACGCGCGCCUCGGGCGGCGACGACGCGGCGGCCAUCAUCGAGGUCGUCAUCGGCAACGUCCUGGGCUCCUUCAUCUCCCCAGGCCUCAUCUACGGCUUCAUCCCCAAGACGGACGAGUUCAGGGACUGGCAGCCCGCGAACCCGAGCACGCUCGGCGCCAUGUACGCCAACGUCCUCCAGCAGCUGGGGCUGAGCGUGCUGCUCCCCCUCGCCGUCGGCCAGGCGCUGCGCUGGUUCUUCGAGAAGCAGGUCGACUGGGCGCUGCGGACCUUCUACCUCGCCAAGGUGUCGACCUUCUGCCUGAUCCUGCUCGUCUGGACCACCUUCUCCGCCGCCUUCAAGACGGGCGCGCUCUACCAGACCCCGCACGCCUCCAUCAUCUUCAACGUCUUCAUGAACGUCGCGCUCUACAUGCUCUUCACCCUCAUCUGCUUCUACGCCGCCCGCCCGCCGCUGCCCCUGUGCGACGCCAUCAACCCGCGCGUCGCCGACUCUGCGCUGAUGACGCGCCGCUCGCCCUCGCUCCUCCGACGCGCCGUGACCGUCCGCCGGCUGCCUCGAGAGCAGACCAUCGCCGUGUGCUUCUGCGGCGCCGCCAAGACGACGUCGCUCGGCAUCCCGCUCGCCACCGCCAUGUGGACCCAGUCCGACGACCUCACCCGCGCCCUGAUCCAGAUCCCCGUGCUGCUGUACACCAUCGAGCAGGUCUUCAUGGCGCAGAUCCUCGUGUACGUGUUCAAGUGGUACCUCAGGAGGGGCGCCAAGGCGGACUCGGAGACGUUGACUACGGAGGACGAAGAGGCGGGCAGUCAUUCUGGGGCGGGGGAAGUCAGGGAAGAUGGAAUCGGCGACGGAGACGGGUCUCAUGGGGCUUUGGAUCAUGGCUGUGAAAAGAAGCCUGGCGGAGUAGAGGGCGGGAAUAAUGCGGUGCCUGUCAAGACGAUAUCUUAG